UUUGACUCAUGGCGGAAUAAGGGAAUAUCUGACGUCCUCUCUCACCAGUCGUGAGGACGUGUAGAGUGAAGGUGUCAGUGUGAGGUUUUUACUGGUUGUCUUAUUCUUCACAGAUUUGAUCAUGUCGUCGGCGUGGACGGCGCGCCAAGGGGAAGCGGGUGAUCUGGGCAGCAAGAGUAAAGAUCAGCUCUUGGAGAUGCUGUCAAGACAAGAAAAGUUACUGUCUAAUAAGAGAUUUAUUCAUACCCUUCCAGAUAAGGGAAAGAAGAUUGCCGACUUUGUGGAGAAAGUACACCUUGCACUUGGACAUCUGGAGGAGGAGGAGAGAAAACAAGCAUGCUUAAUCUCUCUCCGGAUAGAGUUUCAGAGUAAAUAUCAGCAUGCCCUUGCCAAGCGAAGCACAGAGACGCAUUUAGACUCCAAUUUGGACAUGAUUAUCCCAUCCCAUGACAGAAACAAAGCCAAUGUCAAUAUCGAUGCGGCUAACAUAAAGGAAAAUGGUGGUUUGUUGGGCCAAGACGAGUAUUUGACAUCCCAGCCGGAGGCUGCUGAAACACUAGAAACAGCCGGUGGGAAUGCAGCAGCCUCACUGAUGAAAGAGCUUGUGGUGGCAUUUGGACAAGUAACUCUUGAUGAAAGUAACAAUGGCUCCAACCAAGACACCAUUAAAACCCUGCUUCCUAGUAAGCAACAGAAGAAACCACAUUACAUUGAAGUUCUGGAGAAGACAGAGAAAAGUGUGAAUAUGAGGAAGCCCAGAUUCAAACCAAACCAGUUGGCUGUAAAAUCUGAGUCUUCAUCACCUAGUCAGGCCUCUGGCAGCAUCACACCACUUACUGCAGAGGCCAGAAGACAACGAGACCGAAAACACAUGGAUGACAUUACUGCAGCUAAGGUUCCACCCCUGCACCACAGUCCUGCCCAGCUGCUGUCAUUAGAGGAGUCGGCUGACCUUCUGCAAGAGCAGACAAGAAAACACCUGGAGUUACAGGCCAAACAAACUGCCCAGAAGCUGGCAGAUGGUAUGAGUUUCAAGACAGAGAGUUACAACCCAGAUGGAGGCCCACUGGCAGCCUACAGAGAGGUGCAUGAUGAUGGGGCCCAGCUUUCCUCAGAGGAGGACUGAUCGUGGGGCCCUAGAGGGAAGGCACUGGCUUGUAGAUGUGUUUGGCCCCUUGCCCUGGACCAACUCUAGGCCUACAGCCCAUGCUUCAGGACCCUGGAGAGAGGCUUUCAGCCUGAGGACAAGAGAAGGGCUCUUCAUGAACUGCACUGACAAUGUCUUAGAUUCUGCCUUUGAAGAUAAAUAACAGCAGGUUGAAUCAAGUUGAGAGUUAUUGUGUGAAAACUGACAGUUUUUGCAUGUGGAAAUGUUACUGUCCAACAGUAACAGAUUAUCUUGGCAAGCUAAAAGCAAAAAUCUGAUACCUCGGCAGGUCCACACCUGUUGUCUUGUAUAGAAUAAUAUAAUUACCUAUCAUACUUAUCAGCCAUACCUUCAAGGGUUUAGUCCAUGUGUUAUUCUGAAGAUAGUAAUAGAAUAUUUUUGUAUGACCUUUCUUAAUGAUUAUUUAAAUAACCCUCUGAAUUGACCUUAAAA